GAAGCUGGCAGAGCGGAGAGGGUUACGGUCCUCACUCAGUCACCUCCUGCGGUCCGUUAGCACCACGGAUACAAUAACCCCUUUAUUUUUAUCUAAACGGAGCUCUGUAAUCGGUAACAACCAGGGCAAACCACACACACGCUCACUCACACACACACACGGAACCGUCUUCGUUAUCGCAGCCCGCCGGCCACUAACACAGCAGCCAUGCCCGAGAGGAGGCCCUUCGUCCGGCUACCGUCGGACGUUUACCCCGUUAACUACGGCUUGUGUCUGAAGCCCGACCUCAUCGACUUCACCUUCGAGGGCAAGCUGGAGGCGGUGGUGGAGGUGACACAAGCCACCAAUCAGAUUGUGAUGAACUGCGCUGACAUCGACAUCAUCACCGCUUCUUUUGCCCCAGAGGGAGGAGAAGAAAUUAACGCGACGGGAUUCAACUAUCAGAACGAGGAUGAGAAAGUCACCCUGUCGUUUCCUAGCGCUCUACAGAAAGGCUCCGGCACGUUGAAGAUAGACUUUGUCGGAGAGCUGAACGACAAAAUGAAAGGGUUCUAUAGAAGUAAAUAUACGACUGCGGCCGGAGAGGUUCGCUACGCCGCCGUCACGCAGUUUGAGGCCACGGACGCUCGCAGAGCUUUCCCCUGUUGGGACGAGCCAGCUAUCAAAGCCACCUUUGACAUCGCUCUGAUAGUUCCCAAGGACCGAGUAGCCUUGUCGAAUAUGAAUGUCAUCGAUCGAAAGCCAUAUCCAGAGGAUGAGAACCUGGUGGAAGUGAAGUUUGCCACCACGCCCAUCAUGUCCACGUACCUCGUAGCUUUUGUCAUCGGUGAAUAUGACUUUGUGGAGAGCCAAUCAUCAGACGGCAUCACGGUACGCGUCUACACGCCCGUCGGGAAGGCAGAACAGGGGAAGUUUGCGCUGGAGGUUGCGACUAAGACCUUACCUUUCUACAAAGACUACUUCAAUGUUCCUUAUCCAUUGCCUAAAAUUGAUCUCAUAGCUAUUGCUGAUUUUGCUGCUGGUGCCAUGGAAAACUGGGGCCUUGUUACCUACAGGGAGACGGCUCUGCUAAUCGACCCCAAGAACUCCUGCUCGUCCUCCAGGCAGUGGGUGGCGCUGGUGGUCGGACACGAACUCGCCCACCAGUGGUUCGGAAACUUGGUCACCAUGGAAUGGUGGACCCAUCUGUGGCUUAAUGAGGGAUUUGCAUCCUGGAUCGAGUAUCUGUGUGUGGACCACUGCUUCCCCGAAUAUGACAUCUGGACCCAGUUUGUCUCAGCCGACUACACCCGUGCUCUGGAUCUGGACGCGCUGGACAGCAGCCAUCCCAUAGAGGUGAAUGUGGGCCAUCCAUCAGAAGUAGAUGAAAUCUUUGACGCCAUCUCCUACAGCAAAGGAGCAUCUGUGAUCCGCAUGUUGCACAACUACACAGGAGACGAGGACUUUAGGAAAGGAAUGAAUGCCUAUCUUUUAAAGUUCCAACAUAAAAACGCAUCAACAGAGGACCUAUGGGACUGUCUGGAACAGGCCAGUGGGAAACCCAUUGCUGCAGUGAUGAGCUCGUGGACUAAGCAGAUGGGCUUCCCGAUUAUUGUAGUGGACCAGGAACAGCAAGGUGAGGACCGCGUUGUCAAGUUAACUCAGAAGAAGUUCUGUGCCAGUGGACCACAUAAUGGUGAGGAUUGCCCUAGCUGGAUGGUCCCUAUUAGUAUUUGUACCAGCGAGGACCCCAAAUGCACCAAGCUCAAAGUUCUGCUGGACAGACCGGAGACAACCAUCACUGUGAGCGGCGUCGCCCCGGACCAGUGGAUCAAGAUCAACCCCGGCACUGUGGGCUUCUAUCGUAUCCAGUACAGCUCGUCCAUGCUGGAGAGUCUGCUGCCGGGUAUCAGAGAUCUCAGCCUGCAGCCUGUGGACCGGCUCGGCCUCCAGAACGACCUCUUCUCUCUGUCUCGCGCCGGCAUGAUCAGCACGGUGGAGGUGCUGAAGCUGAUGGAGGCGUUCGUCAACGAGCCCAACUACACGGUGUGGAGCGACCUCAGCUGCAACCUGGGAGUGCUGUCCUCGCUGCUGUCCCACACGGACUUCCACGAGGAGAUCCAGGAGUUCAUCAGGGACCUGUUCACCCCCAUCGGCCUCGAGCUCGCCUGGGACAGCAAACCAGGGGAAGGUCACCUGGACGCCCUGUUGAGAGGUCUGGUUCUGGGGAAGUUGGGGAAGGCGGGACACAAACCCACAUUGGAGGAAGCCCGGCGGAGAUUCAAGGACCACGUGGAGGGAAAACAGAGUCUCCUUGCAGACCUCAGGAGCCCGGUGUAUUUAACAGUUUUGAAGCAUGGAGAUAGUGCAACAUUGGAGACGAUGUUAAAGCUUCACAAGCAAGCAGACAUGCAGGAGGAGAAGAAUCGUAUAGAGCGAGUGCUCGGCGCCAUAUCUGCCCCUGACCUCAUCCAGAAAGUCCUGACCUUUGCCCUCUCGGAAGAGGUUCGUCCUCAGGACACGGUUUCGGUAAUCGGAGGAGUAGCAGGAAGCAGUAAACACGGCCGUAAAGCCGCCUGGAAGUUUGUCAAGGACAACUGGGAGGAGCUUUACAACCGCUACCAGGGCGGCUUCCUCAUAUCACGACUCAUCAAGCUCACGGUUGAUGGAUUCGCUAUUGACAAAAUGGCUGCUGAAGUAAAGAGUUUCUUUGAGAGUCACCCGGCGCCGGCGGCCGAGCGCACGGUGCAGCAGUGCUGUGAGAACAUCCUCCUCAACGCCGCCUGGCUGAAACGUGACGCGGACGACAUCCAGCAGUAUCUACUGCAGCGCAAAGCUCCCCCCGUCUGAGCCGCUGCCCCCCCGCCGCCUCCUCCUCCAGCCCCCCUUACUCCCUCUCUCCCCCCCCCCCCUCCCUCCAGCGCGGACCUCCCAGCAUCAUAGCUGCCUCGGCCCCCCCUCAGUACAGACCAGAGCGGGCGACCAGAUGUACUUACAGCAGGCUUCAUUUCUCUAAAGAAACUGUGUAUGAAACAAGAAGACAAAGCCAAGAAUUUAAGAAAAGUGUUGGAAACACAAAGAGACUCUUUCUACGUUAACAAAGCAGAUCCAUUUUAGUCAGACCAGGAAUGUAGUUUUACCCCCAUUCUGCCCAACGAGCGGAGUCGCCACCAAUCCACCAAUCGGCAACGUUAGAGCGGCGCUCGGCGACGAAACGAUCACUGUAACCCUGCUAACGCUCUCUGCAUCACCUGCCCUGUAUGCACUCCUCCUCAUCCUCAUCCCAACUUCAUCCACCUCUGCGUCGUAGCUGAGAAAACUGUGAAUCCCCUUUCUCUUCCUCUCCUCUCUCUUCCUCUCCCUCCUUCCCUCCUUCCUGCCGUCACUCAUUUUGAAUGCAUGAAGUGUGAUUUCCUGCAUUUGCUGCUUCGUUAACUUCUGUUUGUUUUCUGUACAAACAAAAUGAUUUCCUCCUCCUCAUCCUCCUCUUCCUCAGUUUGUCUUCACCUCCUCCUCCCUCUCUUUCAGGCAUUGUGAUCGGGUGAAAGCAAAAGGCGCCGUGGGCAGAAUGGGGUUAAUAAACGGUAGUGUGUGUCGUAGAUUUUUCAGCAGCAGUGAUUCUCCAUUGCUAAUUAAAGAGUUAGAACGAGGCGAGCAGCGCUAGCAUGGUACUACAUCGUAAACUGUAUAAUGUAUAAUGCAAACUUUUUUUUUUUUCUUUUAAAAGAUUUAAAUGGAAAAGAAGUUUAAUGGUUAUCCGUUUCCACCACCACCAACCCCCUUAUAGAAAAAAUACAAACCAACCCCCUCGAGCUCUUAUCAGUCAGAAUUUGUAUAGUUUGAAUCAUCAACAAGCAUAUUUAUGAAGAAAAAGGACAAAAAAAAGAAAUGGUUUCUUUAUCCGCCACCACUGAACGAAAAAAAUGAAGAUUGGUGUGUUUUUAUAAAGACAUCAGAUGCAGCGAUUUAUUUAAAAAUGUGGAAAUAAUCUUAUAUUCUGCGGAGGAAAAAGAAGAAGAAGAAGAAGAAAAAGAAGAAGAAGAAAUUAAAAAAGAUCACAACACUAUUUUUUUGGGGGGGGCUUUUUCAUUCAGAAGUAACAACAUCAUCAUCAUCUUCAUCAUCAGGAAAAAAAACGCCUCUUCUCUUCAUUCAUUGUUUUUUUUUGGUUUUUUUAGGGGUUGAGAGUCCGGCGAGGGGAAACAGGACUUUUUAAAAAUGGACGUUGACUUCUGCCGUCGAACUCGGACGCCUUAAAA